UCAGAAUUGCAGAGGACCCGAGUUCGAAACCCUCCCUUCCCAAAUCCCCAAUUUUUUUUUCCUUCGUUUUCGAAUUUCUUGCCGGCGGGCGACUGCCAUGGAUUCCGAGGACCACCAGAAUCGCCCAAUUUCCAAGCGGAGGUUCAAACCAACACCUCCGGCGACUUCUCACCGGCCGAUCGUCCCAGCUAUCAACACCGAAGCUGAAGCUGAGGAAGAUAAUAAAAAAGCAGCUCGCCAGUUAGCCAAACGUAUCGGCAUUGGCAGGGAGAAACCCAAAACCGAAACAAAAGCUUCUUCCUCUGAAGUUGCUUUCCAAGCAGACUUCUCGUCACCUGAGAUAAAGUCGUUUGGGGUUCCUAAAGAAGAUGACAAGCGUGGUUCUGAAGUCAAUCCUGAUGUAAAUCCCUCUUCUUCUGCUGUUAUUCCUCCUCCUGUUUUAUCUGCUACUGCUCGAGAAGAUCAAGAAGAGCUUCAAAAUUUGGUUACAAGAACCGAGGAUGGCUACAUUGAACCCUGGGAUUGUAGAAACUCCUACUAUCCUACUGUUCUUCCUUUGAGAAAGCCUAACUCUGGUGAUCCAGAACUGCUUGACCAGGAGGAAUUUGGGGAGGUGGCUAAACACCGUGAACAUAAUGAGAACACCAUCAACUCAGCAGAAGAACUCGGUCUGACAUCGGUUGAACACGGCAAAGAACAGAUGUUUUUCUUCAAACUUCCAGACUGUCUCCCUAUAAUGAAGCAAUCGACAGGAACGAACACCAAGAGAUCGGUACCGGAGAACAGUUCACAAAGAAGCAACCCUUUUGAAGGUUUACGAGAAGGUUUCAUGGGCAAAAUGCUAGUUUACAAGAGCGGCAAUGUCAAGAUGAAACUUGGAGAUGUCCUCUUCGAUGUCUUGCCAGGUCCGAAUACAAAAUUUCAUAAUGAUGUGGCAGCAAUCAACACCAAAGGGAGGAACUGUUGUCGCAUUGGUUCUUCAGCAAAGAUUGUGACCGUUACUCCUGAUGUUGAGUCUCUUUUGAACACUGCUUCAGACAUGGAAACACAGAAGUGAAGGUUGUUCUGGAUAUAGCCGGUCCUGUGCAUACAAGGAUGUGAAAAGCGUAGAAUUGACCAUUUAGAUUCUGUAGCUACAAACUAAUCUUCAACCCUGAUCGUAAAAACUCUUCUCGGUGUCUUCUUUUGUAGUAAGAGAUUCAGUAAGUGGGGUAAAAGAAAACUCUUUAACGUUUUGAAACA